ACAAAGAUCCACUGCUCAUCAUGCCGGACGUCACCGUGAAAGCGCCCAAGAAGGGCUCAAAGAAAGCCGUCUCUAAGACCGCCACCAAGACUGGCAAGAAGAGGAGAAAGUCCAGGAAGGAGAGCUACGCCAUCUACGUGUACAAGGUGAUGAAGCAGGUCCACCCCGACACCGGCAUCUCCUCCAAGGCCAUGGGUAUCAUGAACUGCUUCGUGAGCGACAUCUUCGAGCGCAUCGCCGGUGAGGCCUCCCGUCUGGCUCACUACAACAAGCGCUCCACCAUCACUUCCAGGGAGAUCCAGACCGCUGUCCGCCUGCUGCUGCCCGGGGAGCUGGCGAAGCACGCCGUGUCUGAGGGCACCAAGGCCGUGACCAAGUACACCAGCUCCAAGUAAACUGCUGUGAAGUCAACUACUCAAAGGCUCUUUUAAGAGCCACCCACUACAUCUAGAGACGUGUCCUGUCAGUUAAACUAUUAUUAUAGAAAAUAUGCAACAUAAUCAUCAUGGUAAUGCAAUAACCGCAACAUGUAGAAAUAAUACAUUUGGUGCUGUAUUAUCACUGCACAUGUAAAAUACAGGUGUUC